CUUGUCUCCUUAACUGUGAUUGCUGAAUUAAAACCCAGCUGUUUGUGUAUAUGUGCACCAGAAGCGGCUGCGCGUCUUUAACGUUGAUGUCAACGUUAUUUUAUGCCAACUCGCUGAAUCACAAUCAGCACAUGCUCAAACAUUAAUCCUUCCACCUGCCUGUUCAACAGGCCUUGACCCAAACAUUAACACUGUACAAACCCGCAUAUUCAAAAUUCACACGGAUACACGCAGACAUGCACAGACUGACACAGACGUCCACUAAUUUACACUCACUUGUGUGUCCAGAUAUGCCGGUGGUGGUGGCGGUGUUAUUAGCAAAAGCAUGUACCGAACACGCACAAAAACAUCCAAACAUACAUUUGUAAGCUUUACAUGCACUUCCAAAUACACACAGACGUCACACACUUCUCAGUUGGGGCUCUCUCUAUUGGCUGGUCUUAACUGCUUUGUAGUAUUUUUAGGCCUGUUAUUCUGGGGCCUGUCCUGGCAGGCCAAUGGGAGAAUAUAUAAGCCUCCCCCCUGCAACUGGGGACCACAGGGAACACACAGUGGAAACAUCUCUGGUCGAUACUCCAGCAAACAUCCGGCAGGCUUUUGAAAUCCUCUCAGGGAUACCAUGCAUCCAGCAUAAUGUCAGCUGAAGUUGCAAUUCAAAAGUUCAGUUUCCCGUUUGCCUGUGCUGCACACCUUUCUCAGGAAAACGAUGUGACCCAGAAGGGAUGCAUACAGGUGAAAACCCUGGAGCUUCGUGAGCCUCAGGAGAAUCCGAGCUCAGUUAGGGUUAUAGGAGCUCAGGUGCACAAUGAGAAGCAGGCACAGGAGAGUCUACCAGAGCUUCCUCCUGGACAAGAUGUGGCAACAGCACAGGUCCUGGUCUGUGGUGAAGCCUCCCAGAAUACUGUGCUCUCCAGGCAGUGCGUGUUUGAGAAACUGAUAGUGGAGAGCGAGGACCAGCGUCCCGCUGCAAAGAGACAACUGUCGUCUGAGAGCGCGGCUAGAACCAUCACGGUGGUGAAAAAGAGUGCUGUGAGAAAGGAGGCAGAUGAACCAAGACACUUGCAGCAAAAAGCACAGCUGGGACAGAGGCUGAGAGCGUGUGCUUCAGUAACAGUGACGAGAAAGCACAGAAAGGACCUCUUCACCAGCUCAGACGUGUUCCACAGGGUUGACUCACAUGCUGUGAGGGCUGGAGCAGAGCUGAAAGAAAAGUGCGUGUACAAUGUGAAAACUAUUGUACAAAGCAUCACAAAGGAAGCCAGAACUGAGCUGGAGAAACUUCGUGCCAUCUGGGUCUGGCUGUGCCACAACAUCGAGUAUGAUGUGAGCGGGUACCUCGGCCACUCAGAGAAGCUGAGUUCACCAGAGGAGGUGAUUGCGGCUGGCCGCGGUGUUUGCUGCAGCUACUCCAACCUUUGUACGGAGAUGUGCAGAGAGGUGGGCAUCGAGUGCCAAGAAGUGCCGGGCCACAGUAAGGGCAUAGGAUACCGCCAGGGCCAAAGCCUGAAGCAUGUGAAAUCUGAUCACCUGUGGAACGCUGUGCUUCUGGGAGGACAGUGGUUCCUAUUGGAUGCCUGCUGGGGAGCGGGACGAGUAGAUAUGGAACAUGAAAGCUUUGUGAAAAGGUUUGAUGAUUUCUAUUUCCUAACGGACCCGGAGGAGUUCAUCGAUUCACACUUCCCUGAUGAGGAGAAAUGGCAGCUCCUAGACAUACCCAUCUCCCUGGAAGAGUUUGAGAGAAGGGUCUUCAAGACCUCAGCCUUCUUCAAUAUGGGGCUCAGGCUGAUUCGGCCACAUCACUGUCACAUCGUCACAGAUAAUGGUGAGGCAAGUGUAUCCCUUGGCUUCUCAAAGCCAUCAACCUUUACCUAUGAGAUCACCCAGCACCAAGACCUCCUCCACUGUGGUGCUUCAGAGCAGAAAGAGUCUAUCAACUCUUCAUUCGGUAUCCUAACUGUCUCCCAUCGGAGCAUGAAGUUGCAGCUCCUGCCGCCCGCAAGUGGAAUGUACGAUGUGAAGGUGUUCGCUAGACCCGAGGCAGCUGCCACGCCUCUGGUUUGGGUUUGCUCCUUCACAGUCGAGUGUCCUACCCCCAGAGCGAUGGAAGAGAUCCCAGAGAACCCCUUCUUGUCUUGGGGCCUGCAGCCAGUUGCGGGAUCUCUUGGAGUCACAAGCAGCAGCCAGAGCAGCGAGGUUGCUGAGGUGGACGAAGGUGUCUUUGAUUUGGUGCUGAAGACCUCCAGGCCUCUGAUGAUGCUGUGCGAACUGGUUCACCCAGAGAUGGAUGCUGCCGUAGCCAAACGCUGCCUGGCUACUCAGAUUAAACCAGACACCCUGACGUGCCACGUCCUCUGCCCUUUACAUGGCUUCUACCGGCUGUCGGUGUUUGUGCGGGACUACGAGAAAACGGAAGUCAAGUUCCAGAACACUGCAAACUUCCUGUUGCACUGCAGAGGGAAGGUGGUUAGUCCUCAUGAGCUCUUCCCUCCAAACCUGGGCUCAGCAUGUGGCCCAGGGACCCGGACGUCAGAGGCGGGACUGUCCAAAUUCAGUCAUACAACAGCAGUGGUGAUUACCCAGCAAGGCAAAUGCAACAUCACCUUCCACAACAAUCACGACCUUGAGCUUCACACUGUGCUCAGCAAAGAAGAGAACAAAUCAGCAGCUUUUCCACUUUCCCGCUACUUGUUUUGCACAUACACAGACACAAAAGUGACAGUGAGCAUCAGCCUGCCUGAUAUUGGGGUAUAUCGGCUGGGCCUCUAUGCUAGGAUAACCCCUGGUGGAGAUUUUAACCCCAUGUGUGACUUUAUUCUAAGGAACAUCUGCGAUCAGCCGGGGAUUCCUUUCCCCUGUGUCUAUUCUGCCUGGAGCAAAGGCUGCGUUCUCUUCGAGCCUCGUGUGGGCCUGCUGGAGCCCGCCUCAUGGGUUCGCUUCAGGGUACGGGUUCCAGGGACCCAGAGGGUAAGCGUGGUGGGAGAGACACGGACUGACCUGAAACUUAAUAAAAGCAGAAUCUGGGAGGGUGACGUUUUCAGUGGAAAUGCUCUUCAGGUACUAAAACUGGCUGUCUCUUUGGGGGACUCCAGUGACAUGGCUGUUUUGAUGACCUUUGACAUCAAGCAGCAGGACAAAGAAGUGUGAAAUCAAAAUGGGGGGGUGUGGGGGCUACUGAAGCAAAUCGCACUCAGACUACUUGCAAAUAACUCAAACUGUGAGCUCAGAUCUUCUAUGUUUAACUGUAUUAACAAAGUACAGAUGGAGGUAUGUUAAAGUCUGUCAAAAUGAAGCAUACACUAACAGGUGCAAAACUGGAGAUUUUCUACAUUUCUGCAUCAAUUCAUUCAAGUGCAUCCCCAAGUCUUGAAAGUAGACAAAGAAGAACAAAAUUAAACAAAUAGCAUGGAAUAAAAAUUAGACUUGGUCAUUUGGUUAUUGGGAGAAAUGAUCAAAUAGUGCAUAUCUGUGAGCGGCAGAAGUAUGUAAACCUCUAGAAUUAGCAGUAAAUUUAAUGGUAAAAUUAGAGGUAAAAGCAAGAGUAACUGGAGACACUGAUCUGUUAAUAACUGACCUUCACUAAACAUAUUUAGGGAAGUGACUCAAACCACAAAUUAUAAUUCAGAGUAUGCCAAAGUCAGAUUGAACAACAAUGUUCAACAACCCUUUAGAGGAGAGGUUUACCUGCACUCCAAGAAUGAAAGCUGUGAUAGCUUGUGAGGUCCCAAUGGGACCCUGGGUAACUCCUUCGUGACAGAAAGACUCUCUUACAAUGGCUAAUGGUCAUGUUUCUCAUCUCAAUCAUUUCACCAAGAACACAUUGAAAAACUGGUGUGCAAGUUGCACAAGUAGAAAGCUACUGUUCUCCAAAAAGUACAAUGGUGCUGUACAGGCCUUAGUGCCCUCUGCCACUGUAAGUUGGAUAAGCAGUUUAGUCAUUUAAAUCUUUUAAAUGAGAAGCCUUGUGUUUGGACAGAACCUUUCUCCAUCUGUGAAACAUGUUGGUGGUAGUGUCAUGGGACUCCUUGCUGCAUCUGGGUCAGGACAGUUCUUGAUUAAAGGCACAGAGAACUCUGAAUUAUAACACCUAUUGUUGAUUAAAAAACCCCAACAACACACAGAUUAUUAGCCAUUCAGCAAGACGAUAUCAAAACUAUCUAAAAGAACAGCAGGAGAAGAACAAAAACAUUAUGUUUUCAAUCAAAAUUUUUAACUUUAACAGAAACUAUUUUUUUAAAAAGAGCGACCCAAGCAGGGAAACUUACCAAAUAUUGCAGUCGAAUGAGCUAAAAUUCU